CUCUCAUCGCCUGUCACAUCAACCUUCAACUUACAAUACACUCCUCAUCGACCUCUCCAUCUCUAUUUUCAAUCUCUCUCCACCCACCAAGUCACCAGAUAAGAGUGAUUUGAUCUUCGCAAAUUCGACAAGGCAUCACACCGUGCGUCGCUGUCGCAAACACACACCAUCACCCCACUUUCCGCUGGCAUUUCACGUGCCGGGCAGCCACCCGAAUUUCUCAAAUACCUACAAGUAGAUAUCGUGUCCAAGGACUCUCAACCACAACCAGUACACUGCAAUCAUGACCCAACACUCUCCACAUUUGCAUUCCCCCUCGCAGCACCCCGAGCGCCCUCGAGGCAUCCUCAAAAACAACAGCUCCUAUCGCUCAAACUCAGCGACAUCGCCAACCACCGAAGCGCCCAUAAAUGCACAAACAGACUCAGUAGAGCGCCCUCAUUUCGGUCGCGAGAUGUCAGAGAAGGAGAUUGUUUUGGAGAAUACACUAAAGAAUGCUGGACCAGCUCACCGUCGUUCCUCCUCAAACGCUCGCGGGCCGGGCUCUCGCCGCCAGUCAGGAACCAGUGUGCAUGCCGAUGAAAACAGCCCACGGCUGAAGUGGGAUGAAGCCAAUCUCUAUCUCACCGAACAGCAGCGGGACAGCACUAUGAAGAUCACCGAGCCGAAGACUCCCUAUGCAAAGCAGUAUGAUCCUGCCGAAGAUGAGGAAGAGAUCGAAAUGUUGAAUGCGGAGGAGCUCAAGGUCGACGAACUUGAUGACAAGCCGAGAUCUCGCAAACCAAAGAUCGAGGAUAUUCCCGACUUCGACCUGGGAGAGCCAGAGCUGGUAGCACGCAAUGCCCAGACUCCCGAAAGCGAGAAACGAGUCAUCGUCGAGCCCGAUGCAGACGAAGAGCCCGGGCACCACGGCGAAGAGUUACUUAACAUGACAGCCGAAGAGCGCGAGAAGCACCGACAAUUCGAGCAGAUGAGAAAGAAACAUUACGAGAUGAAGGACGUUAGGUCCUUACUCGGACAUCCUGAAGACCUCGACGAAGACGAGGAAGAGCCACCCGUGCCGUCUCGUCUUACGAACGGCCAGUAAGCUGGUGCCAACGAACGUUCGUGGAUGAUGUGACUUGCACACUCCUCUACACGAGUCCUAAUGAUCAUCAUUUAACCCGUGACUUUCUGCUGUCCCAAAUCUGAAUAUCUCAUCUGCCCCCUCCACUAAGCCUGUCGGCUCAAACAAAGCCAUGCGAGCUGUUUAAUUUCCAAAGUUUUCAAUACCCUCCAGCUAGUCGUAGUCCAUCUCUAGCGAUUACCUUCUUCCGAGUCGACAUUCAGCGCUG